AUGGACCUCCUGCUUCUGCUUCUGGUGAUGCUGAUGCUGCCCCAAAGAAACUCUGGGAACCUCCGAACUAAAUGCUCCCUGACCUUGGAGCAGGAGGUCGGAAAAUAUGCAGGGAACCACUACCGGCCAGGAGAUCAUCUCAUUGGUGUGGUCGUCAGUGCAACACAGACUGUGUUUGAGCCGUUCCUUUUCACCACAGCUCCUUCUUUUCAGUCUUAUUCAUCAAUCAUUGACAGUACAAGAAUCCUACCCUUCAUUUUGGCCAUUCAAGAGGUCAACAAGAAUCCCCAGCUCUUGCACAACCUCACCCUUGGCUACAACAUCCAUGACAACUACAUGAACACCCUUGUCACUUCAGAUGCCCUGCUGGACCUGCUCUCCACUGGAGAAGCCAAUGUUCCCAACUACAGCUGUGGAAGGAAGGACAACCUCUUGGCUCUUCUUGAUGGAACUGACAAUGACGUCUCCAUCCAGAUAUCUACCGUGGCGGACACCUACAAAAUCCCACAGAUCAGCUAUAAAGUUGUCUCAGGGAAUCUCGGUGACAAAACUCAAUUCCCUUUCUUCUACCGCUUGGCCCCCAAAGAAGGAAUCCAGUAUCUAGUGAUUGUCAAACUGCUCCUGCAUUUCAGAUGGACCUUGAUUGGUCUCUUUGCUUCAGACAGGGAGAAUGCAGAGAAUUUUUUCCAUCCCUUUCUGGAAAAGAAUGUGUUUUGCAAUAUUUCCCAGGAGAAACUAUACUUGGACCAAAAUGGAGAUCUAGCAGCUGACUUCAACAUUAUGAGCUGGGUGUUUAUCCCCAAUAAGCCCAGCAUGAAAAAGAAAUUGGGGAGUCUGGAAAGGCAGAGACUUACUAUCGACCAAGAUGCUCUGUCAUGGCUGAAGUUGCUCAACGAGUCUCUGCCUCAGUCCAGAUGUGGGGAAAAUUGUCCCGCUGGAUUUGUCAAGCGGGCUCGGGAAGGAGAGCCAGUUUGCUGCUACAAUUGCAUUCCUUGUCCGGAGGGAACCAUCUCCACUCAGGAAGACACUGAAAAAUGCACCAAGUGUCCAGACAAUCAACAUCCAAAUGAGGACCGAGUCCGAUGUCUCCCCAAAGUGAUAACCUUCCUGUCCUAUGAGGAACAUCUCGGAAUCAUCCUGAUCUCCUUUGCCCUACUCUUGUCCUUAACCACAGGCUUUGUUUUAAUCAUAUUUAUUAAAUAUCUAGAAACUCCUAUUGUCAAAGCCAACAAUCGGGACCUCUCCUACAUCCUCCUGGUCUCCCUCCUGCUUUGCUUCUUGUCCUCUUUCCUCUUCAUUGGCCGACCAAGGAAAGCCAGCUGCCUUCUCCGACAAACGGUGUUCAGCAUUGUCUUCUCAGUUGCCGUGUCUUCUGUAUUGGCCAAAACGAUCACGGUGGUGCUGGCCUUCCUGGCCUCAAAGCCAGGGAACAGAGUGAGGAGUUGGUUGGGGAAGAGCUUGGCCAACUCCAUCAUCCUUUCUUGUUCUGCUGUCCAAAUUGUCAUCUGUGCCACCUGGCUGGGAGUUUCUCCCCCAUUCCCUGAUGCUGACCUGCACUCCCAGCCUGGAGAGAUCAUCCUGCAAUGCAAUGAAGGCUCUGUUGCCAUCUUCUACACUGCCCUUGGCUACAUGGGCUUCCUGGUGGCCAUCUGCUUCACGGUGGCCUUCCUGGCCAGGAAUCUUCCUGGGUCCUUCAAUGAAGCCAAGCUGAUCACCUUCAGCAUGCUGGUCUUCUGCAGUGUCUGGGUCUCCUUUGUGCCCACCUACCUGAGCACCAAGGGGAAGUCCAUGGUGGCUGUGCAGGUCUUCUCCAUCUUGGCCUCCAGUGCUGGCCUGCUGGGCUGCAUCUUCUUCCCCAAGUGCUACAUUAUCAUUAUGAGGCCAGAACUAAAUACUAAGGAACAUCUAAUGAUAAAAGCAGGAAACCGAUUGUGA